AUGCUGAUCGCGCUGUCUAAAGUCGUGGUCGACAUCGAGAAGGCGACACGACUCUCGUGGUUGCGGCGCAUGGAGCAGCGACCUGCCCUUAGUGGCCAAGCAACGGCGCGCCGCACGAGCCCGAUUUUGCGAUGGACAAACUUUACUAUCGUUGCCAUCGAAUCAGUCAUCUACGACACUCAGCUGCAGCAGACGUGGGGUGGCGCCGAUGAUGAGAUCCAGCUUCAAGUGUCGGCUUCCCUAGCCGUUGAUGCGAUGAUCGGCUGGAAGAUGAGCACGAAGAUUCCCGUUGUUGACAGCCCCCGCCGGGCAGGUCCGUUUCUCGGGAUCGCAUUCAGCGAGCAUGUCGGCUGUCCCUAG